UAAAUCAUGGCCGCUCUUAUUUUGAAAGGGUGUGACAGUUGGAAAGCGGAAGUGUGUCUUCAGCUCAGCGCGAAUUUCUUCAGAAGGUUUUAAGUUUUUCUGUUGAUUGUCAAACUCAUCCGAGCUGCUCACAGCUAGAAAUGGCGGACAGCGGAGAUGUAAUGGACGGGAAUCUGGAGGAUGGCGAGAUCUCAGAGUCCGGCUCGGAUACAGACAUGGGGACAGCAGCGCCUCCUCUCCGGGUUCCUGCAGCUUUCAGCGGACAGUCCUUACACAGCAGAGCCGCUGCACAGUCCUCUGCAGCCGCAUACCGCAGCACUGUGAAGACGGCGGACUCCAGCGACAGUGAGCCCGAUUCUUCGGACGAGGAGGCCGCUCUGUGGCGAAGGAAGCGGCAGAAAGUGUCCAACGCCCCGCAGCCACCUGCAAGCUCCACCCGCAUGCCUGCUCCGAGCGCGCAGGGAGGCCGCAAGGUGAACAACAUAUGGGGGUCUGUGGUCCAGGAGCAGUGUCAGGAUGCUAUAGCUGCAGAGCUGGGCAUAUUCGGCAUGGAGGGGGAAGUCAGCAUGUCCAGCAGGAAUGUAGAGACUUAUAACUUUGUCCUGGCUAAAAAGAUAAUGGAGAAGGAGAGAGAGAUGGAGAAGUUGAAUAAUCAGGGAGAGGUGAGCAUGCUGGAUGCCCAGCUGGAGGAGUAUAUGAAGGGCAGGGACUCAGAGGAGCGGGCAGGAGGGGAUGCAAAGAGGAAGAGGUCUGCUAAAGAGAGACUGGGCUCCAGAGCUGAGAUGGACAUCAAGGGUCGGUAUGAGAUCACAGAGGACGACUCAGACGAUAAGGUGGCAGAUGAGAUUGCUUACAGGCUGCAGGAGCCUAAAAAGGACUUGAUAGAACGUGUAGUUAGUAUCAUCGGGAAGAAGAAAGCUAUAGAACUCCUCGGAGAGACCGCCACGCUGGAGGAGUCAGGCGGUGUGUACACAAUGGAUGGAAGCCGGCGACGGACACCUGGGGGGGUUUAUCUCAACCUGCUGAAGAACACGCCCAGCAUCAGUAAGUCCCAGGUGAGGAAGGUCUUCUGUGAGGAGCAGCAGAAAGAGUGUAAGAGCAAAAAGGCUGCGCAGAAGAGGAGGCGGCACAUGGUGGCAAAGAAGAUGAAGCAGGCCAUCGGCACGCUGAAUCUGCAAGAGCACGACGACGUCUCCAGAGAGACAUUUGCCAGCGAUACCAACGAGGCCUUGGAGUCGUUAGAGGAGGCUGCAGAGGAAGACGAGGAGGAGGUGCAGGAGGAAACUGCUCUGGGGAUCGAGGAGACAGCGGUGGUCUACAAUUCUGCAGACCUGGAGGUGUUCUGAGGACUGAUCUGAACUUUCGGGGGUCUGAGCAUGGACAAGAAUAAACUUAAAACACUGAUUAAGAAGUCUCUACUGAGUACAGAAUCACACCUGUGUCCUUUUUGUUUUUUACUUAUAGCAGAAUUAUUGUUUUGUUUGGAACAGCAUGGGUUCAGAUUAUGUGAUCAUAGAUUUAAUGAAAGUUAGUUUGAUUUGGGAUUUAAACGUUUGUCUUUGGAUCAAACUCUUAAAGAACAAAAUAACGAAGCUCUCUUGUUGAUUUUGUUUUAAUUGAAGAAACUUUCUUUGUGUUUGUUUUUGAUAUAAAUUAACGAGGUCCUGAUUCAACAAAUCCUUCUGUGUGACUGUAACUGGAACAUAAAUAAAGAAGACCCCGGUUAAGUGACAUGAAAA